GGAGGUCGCCAACUCUUCCAUAAUCUUUCUCUAUCUAUAUGAGUUUGACCCGUUGCCACCUACCGGCAGCUACUUCUUUGCUCCAAUGGAGACCCCACCACCCUUCUCCUUCUUCAACCUCUAGACAGAUAAAACUUACAACCGAAAUUAGAGCAGAAACCCAUCCAGAUCUUGAUCAUCUCAAUAAAGCGCAGCUUAUUUAACUUUCCUGUUUCCCUUUCUUUUCUCCUUUUUUUUCCAGACAAAACCCUAAUCUUGAAGGAGAAAAGAGAAGCAAAAAAGGCAUAGCUUUCAGUCUCUCUCCUUUCCUCGUGCGUACAAUAAGCUUGUGGUCCAAGAAAAGGACGGUAAAGGUGAUAGCCUUAAGAGUUGAGAUUCAUUGUAGAUCGAUCAUUCAUCAUCAGAGCUAUCUAGCUUUCGAGAUAUGGGUUCCGUUCUCUCUUUGUUCCCAUCUUUUUAGUACACUGAUCUGAGAAACCUAUAAUUUCUCAUCUUUUCAGUCUGUCUGUUUGUUUCUCUCUCUAUAUAUAUGUGUGUGUGUAUUUUCCGUUUUGGGUAUGGAUUCUGGAAACAGUGGUAGUUUGCAAUCAUCGAGCGGUGGCGAUGAAGAGUAUGAUUCGCGCGGUGAGUCCAUUUCUAAUUUUUUGAAUCAGUCGGGUCAGUUUGAUUCGAUUAUCUCGUCGUCUUCAAGCCCGCAGCCGCAGUUCUUGUUUCAGUCGUCGGGGAAUCCCGAUGCGACUUUUCCGCAAUCACUGGCGAAUCUCAAUUCCCAAUACGGGAAUAAUCAUAAUAAUCAUGAUUUGGUUUGGCCGGGCCGAGGAUUGAGAUCGGAGCCGGGUUUUGGUAACUUUGGGGGUUUGGUGGGGGCGGCGCCGGGCUCAUCGGCUACUCAAGGGGGGAUGAUUGGUGGUGAGAGUCAUCAUGGGCAGUUUUCUAGCUCGUCAUCAUUGCCGACCGUACAGGUGGCAGCGGUGGACAUACGAGGGCCGUCGGAUGGGGUUGUUGUUCCAAAGAAUCCCAAGAAACGGACCAGGGCGUCGAGGAGGGCGCCGACGACCGUGCUCACGACGGACACCGCUAAUUUCCGGCAAAUGGUUCAGGAGUUCACCGGGAUACCCACGGCGCCGUUCUCCGUCGGCGCGCCGUAUUCGCGCCGCCUGGAUCUCUUCUCCGCCGCCGGCUCGGCUAUCAGGUCGCCUCAUUUGGACAGUCUUGGACCGCUUUACCCCUUAAGGCCUUCAGCCCAAAAGGUCCAAAAUUCUCCCUUUUUAAACACAACCAUGCUCGACGCUCUAAUGGCCGCAAACAACACCCGCUGCGGUGGCGGAAACACCCCAAAUUCAGGUAACCUCAACCUGGGUAACACGGAUCUCGGAAUCACAAAACAAGGCCCAAAUUUGCUCCUCAACAUGCAGAAUCAUCAAAUCCUCCCAUUCCAACCACUCCUACAAUCCUCAAUCAAGAAUAAUAAUCCAUUGGGCAACACUAAUGCACUGGAAUUCGGGACAAAAUCCUCCAUGGAUGACGCUUUGGGGAUCAUCAACAAUGAUCCAAAUCUCGGCUUUCCUACCCAGCAAGGGAUAAACGACGGCGGGAAUCAGAUGAGAUUAUUCGACGGAAACAAUGGCAAUAAUAAUAACUACAAGCAGAAUUGUUCAACAUCUUCCACUUCAGAAUUCCACCCUGAAAAGGGCCUGGAGAAUGUUCCCUGAUGAUUCAUAUAUAUAUUUAGCAUCGCCAUUUCUGUACAGUGCGCUAAAUUUAGAAGCCAACAAGUACGUAGCUGGAAACCAUAUUCUUAUUAUCAGACAAAAUUGAAGAUCAACCAAGAUCAAAAGGAAUGGUUAGAGAAUUUUGGAAUUCAUUCCCAUCAUCUUUUUGUUCUAUAUGAGCUGUGGAGAAUCUUGACACUAUAAAUCUUUUUUUUUUUUUUAAAUAGUGCAUUAUUGUUAUUACAUCUA